CAUGUUUUAUACCCUGAUUAAACAUGGGUUUUUGACCAAUCAGAGCGCGCGCAGGGUCCUAUCUAUAUUGUAAAUCGUUUUCUAAUUCGCCGGCAGGGAGGUAACGUUCGACAGUUUUAUUCCUCAAUUUCUAAUUGUAGCAAACUAUUUAAUCAGCGUUGUUAGUAACAGCACUGUGUUCUCAACGACAAUAUUUUGAAGCCUCUGUUGAUAAUCCUUUUCACAAAUUGCAAUUGAACCUAGAAAUAAUUGAAUAUUUAAAUGAGCGCGUUUGUUUUCUCGUAGGCGAUAUGACGCAGAACUCAAGAAAGCCUUUGAUCAGCUUAGACAAUUAGUGCCCCGUCUUCAGAAGAGUUCCAGUAGGGUAUGUGUAGAUGGCCUUCAUUAACUUAAGUGGUCCUUGCGAAGCACCAGAUCAAGGGUUGAAAUAGUGUUAGAGUUUGAGCAAGGUCUAAUUCAGAGUAGUUACGGGUCAAUGUGUAGCGUGUUUUCAGCAUCGUUUUUGUUCGCGUUAUCCCUCACAGACUUAGCGAAUGCCGUGCGCAUGGUUAAAUCAUGCCGUUUUGCGAUUUAGUUUUUAGCUAACAGGAUAGGGAUAAUUUCAGCGUCAGAUAUCAAUCUAAGCUGUCUAAUUAGAAUAAGAAUUCAAACAACCACAACGCCUGGUUAACUUAAGUUAGCCACGUAGCGUUUUUGCUCCAACCAAGACAUCGAUUGUUUGGUUAACUUUUCAGGGACUAAUUUUACAAGAAACUAUCAAGUACAUUGGAUUCCUCGAGAAAAAAGUUUUAGGUAAUGUCAUCAUUUUUAGCUUACUCCUUUUUGUGCCCUUUUCUGUCAAUCGGUGAAUAUUUUGAUCAUUUUGAUUUCGGAUUUUUUUUUUAUCAAUUUAAUACAGGUGCAGGUUUGUGGUCUACUUUACAAUCGGUAGAAACUGCUGAACGCAGUACUCGGUUGGAAAAUGCCACUCAAGGAACAAAUGUCGAUAAAAAGCAAGGAGUUUCCGAAAAGUCCUCUCCUUCUGUCAUAAGCUGUGAUGUUACUGAUAUAUGCAAUGUGGCUGCUAACACAGAAAAGGAGCCAUUGACGAUAUCUGAGCAAGAAAAAUCAACAACUGUCUUAAAUUCUCCUGUAAUUUUAAUUCCACCAAUGUCCCUGUCAACAGAAGAACUUUCGUAUUCGUUUGUUAGUCGCGAAGGAUCUGUUGUCGCCAUUGAUUCCGUGGAUACUAAUGAGGAAGGGGUAAGAGUUGAAGAAGUACCUUUGCCGAUUCCAUUCCAGCAAGUCCAGCUCUUAGCCGUGGAUCAAAGAGAUAAAAAUCCGGUAUUGACUCCUCAGUCACCAGACGAGCCCCAAUCUAAAGAGCCCCACACCAGACUUAUCCCUGUCGUUGAAAUACCUGGCUACACAGAGAGCGGCGAGUACCUGAACGUGGUUGACGAGGGUCACAUCUCUCCCCAAUGGGACGUAUUUCUGAGCGCCAUGACUACAAUCAGCCAAGAGGGUUUAAAUGACCUUGGAGUCACUCUCUCGCCCCUCCUUUCCCCCUUGGGAAUUCUGCUCUCGCCUGGAGAAGACCGUAGUCAGGAGCCUACCAUCACGGCUGUGGUUGAGUGCGAGGAAAGUGCCGAAGCGGAAGAAGCUAUUUCAAAUUCAUGCACCGAGGAUGACAGCUUUGCAUCCAGCGGUGGGAUGUCAGGGAUUUGCACGGACAUGACGUCCAUAGCAGCCUCGGUAGAGAUUACCACUGAAGAGCGAGAUAAAAGUGUGUCCUUAUCGACUGGCAAGACAAGAAGAAAACCGCGACCGGCACAGAUCGUACCUUCUGUAUCACCUCUGCAAGUUAGCGAUGACGGCUUGACAUGUAGAACACCUCGCAGCAGAGACAGGGCAAUACUACAGGAUCACAGUAAUUUUACAGACACCAAGUCGCCUAUGGUCGAUGAUGGAAAAGGACGUCAAAGAAGGCGGAAAGACCACUCACCCAAGCAAUCCUUUAAUGACAAUGCUGACGAGAACUCUGCUAUUGUCGCCAAUCAAAGCCGCACUCCACCUGGGAGAGUGUCCAGUGUGCUACUUACAGGGAAGAGGAAGUCUUCCCGCAGUCCCCGUGGAGGAGUGGGGACGAAGAGAGGACGGCGCAAUUAGAUGCAACAUUAUACCUAUAUAUGGCCUCAGUGACUCAGUUAUAGUGGCGUUAAAAUGUUCCAAUGUGUGGUAAAUCUUGCACUUUUGACAUAGUCACUUGAGAGUAAACCUGUAGCUGCUUAUGUUAAGAUCGGAAUACAAGAUUGGAAACAUGAACUGACAAUUUAAUGUGAUAUGGAUUCUGCGCGGAAUGCUAGCCGAGGAAAGCAGUGAUUUCAUGCAGUGUAUUUCAAACCAUGUUAGUCAUCGAAACCAAGGAAGACGUUUUCUCCAAAGAACUAUGUAUGACAUCGUUAAUAAAUUUGAAUCGAUCUUUAUUUCCAUACGUCUUGUUUUACUUAUCAGAAUAGAGCAAUCGCAUGGCUUAGAGAGUUUUGCUGUCCACAAACAGCUCACAGACAUCCCUCAAUAUAAGCCUUCAAAACUCUUCUUGUUGUAACUGCAUGUAAUAGUGACAUUCGGUUCCAGGAUGCAUGACAUUUGCCAUUACUUUUGGCAUCUCUACAGUAAAAAGCUCGCCGAAUCUGUUUUUUUCCAACUAUUUUUUUUCCUUUCAACUUUGACUCGCCUACCGCCUAUUUGAAGAUUAGUCGAUGUUAGCAACACUUGCCCUGCUUUUCUUCUACUAACAGAUAAUGUACGCGGACAAUUAUCCGAGCAUUACCCAAGUGGAGGCUAUUGUGUUUACUGUCUUUCAAAUAUUUUUCGCAACAUGCGAGAUUUGAAAAAUUAGGGAAAAUCCGAACACAUUUUCAAACUCACCUGGGGACUAGCGUGUUUAUUCUCCUUCAAAUAUUUUUCGCAACCCGUGAAUUGGGGAAUGUCGCUGGGAUAUUUCCCAGCUAUAGCUGGAGCAUAUUCAGUCACGUGACGCGUUUAAUCCAAUCGCAUGCGAGCGAAAAUACCUGGUAGAUUAUAAAGGCUGAUAACCGAGAUUCAGUGAACCAGUCACAAAGCUAGAAAUUAAAUGCAUUACGCGAGGUUGACAAUUACACGAUAACGUUUAAACCAGAUUUAAUCUUGUUUCUCCUUUAUUAACUUUGAAAAUCAUGACAAUCAAUGGUAGAGAUGUUGUGGCAAUAGCACAAAACAAUGUAUUUUCCAUCAUUAAAAUCACACUAGAGCGAUAUGCAUUACCUAAGUGUGCCCCACGUAUUUACAAGUAUUUUAUUUACUACGUCUAAAAACAACCCUUUGAUUUUUAAAUUCCCAGUUAAAGCUAGUUUACAGGUCGACUUUCAAAUAACCGUCUAACUGCCAAAUCGGAGUAAUUCCAUCUAGUCAAUCAAGAAAUGAAGACGAUGUCACAAAAACCUACAAAUGGUACUCGAGUCCGGAAAGGCGGGAUUUUACUCUGCUAGGUCAGAGCAUGUCAGAAAUAACAAAGUUCAGAAAAAAUAAUAAACUCGAUAUUCUCUUGUUAACUAAAAGUUCUAAAGGUAGUAACAUGGCCGUGUCUAACACUUAGGUGAACUUCACAAGCAAAGGUUCGACCGGUACAAUCACAUUUUCCGACAGUUCUUUUAUAUUUAUCGCAGGCCUGGAUAAUUAUUGCCUCUCUCGGGUAUUCGAGAUAACGACAGCUGAAUCAAAACAUAUUUCAUUCUGUACAGAACCUGAGUAGACAUAACUUAGAGAUAAAAAAAAAAAA